AGACAGGAUCUGGGUCAUUCGCUUUUUCAUAGCCUCAUAUUGUUCAGUACAGCAACCGUAGCUGCGACACAGAUUGAAAGUAGACCAUAGGGAUGGCCGAUGCGUUAGGAAAUGGCGAAAAGGGACAAUACCGUGCCAUUGCCAGUUACGAUCCCGUCUACACCGACGAAAUUCAGCUGACAGUAGGCGACCGUGUGGCGGUGGUGCAGUCUUAUGAUGACGGAUGGAUAUUGGCGUACAAUCAAACAACUAAUGCCCGCGGUCUAGUACCCUUCAAUUUUCUCUCACCCGUUAAAGAUACCCCUGCACCGCGAACGAAGCCCUCCAUUGAAAUACCGCCGCCGGUUCCAAGCAAAGAUAGCCAAGAGGUGCCAUCGCCUGCUACCUUGCAGAGGAUAUCGUCUUUGAGUCGAGAAUCCAAAAAGGAGACCCCUAUUCUUAGUGUUACUAAUAGUGCAUCGCCGCCGGACAUUAUCCUGGAUACCGAGGCCACAGGCGGCAAGGUGCACGUGCCUCUGGAUGAGCCGCGACCGUCUCAAGCCUCUCAGAAAACCUUGUACAAUGGGCAAAAUGGAGCACUACCAACUUCAGAGGCGGCCCCUAUGGGAUUGGUUGCAUCUAAUGUGUUCCCAUCCCCAGUAUCUUCCAAGCGAAGUGAAAAGGCAGUUUCCGAGGCGGAUUCAGUAGCUGAGUCUGUCAAAUCCGGAGUAGAUACAAAGGAAGCGGACCUUGAAAGAUCUUUGUCGGUCAAUUCCAUGGUGAAUGCCGUAAUGGCAGUUGCAGAUCGCUCAGAAGGACAAGCUACACGACAGCAAAUAGAGGAUCAAGCAACACAGCCAAAACAAAAAUUACAGCACCUGAAUGCAAGCAAGAACGCGCGGGCGCGAAAUCCGAGUGCUGUUGGGGUCUUGAAAAUUGCGGUUGUAGGAGAUUCCGGAAUUGGAAAGACUUCCCUAAUCCAAAAUUUCCUGUCCGGACCUGAAGUAACUGCAUCUCAACGAAUUCCCACUACCGAGGGAAGCCAUACUGACAUCAUACUGGCUAGUACGUCUACACAUCCCACCCGGACAGAGGGCAACUACAACUUGACGUUUGUCGACACGCCCGGUUUUGGAGCACAGAUGGACGCAAUGGCAACUAUCAAACCAGUAGUAGAGUACCAUUUGGAACAGUUUAAAGUGACGGAUCAGAUUUUUGUUCGUGACAUUGAAGAACUGAAUCUCUAUCGCUUCCUCAUCGCUCCAACGGGAGCUCAUACUCACGUGGAUGUUGUGCUGUUUGGCAUUUUACACCGUUUGAAACCCGUGGACAUAGAAUACAUGAAGCGGCUGGUGCCGUAUGUACCGAUUGUUCCCGUUAUUUUCAAAUGCGACACGUUGACUUCAACGGAGCUCUAUCGAUUGAAGAUGCAUAUUCUCCAGGAAGUCAAACGUGCUGGGAUUGAUAUAUACGGAUUCGGAAUGAGUGUUGACGAGUUGAUCAACCUUGCGCGAGCUGGGGUGGAUGGAGCCGUGCCAUUUGCCGUCAGUACUCCGAUCACGGAACGAGUUGAUGGAUUCGGUGGGGAUGCGCAACCAAUAACAACCGGGGAGCGACUGAAUGAGUUCAAGCUACUUAAAUCCCGCAUUUUAAGUACACAUGUAGACGAGAUCCGAACGUUGACAGCAAGAAAGUUUGUCAAAUGGCGCGAGGGUGUCAAUGCCUACGAACGACAACGGCAGCUGGAAGCGGAGCGCGAAGCAGAAGAACGGGCCCGAGCACGUGCUGCAACCGCACAAGCUCAAGCCCAAGCGCAUUUCAAUCAGCAGCAGUACUUGUACCAGCAAGCUGUUCCUGUCACUUCACAUCACCACAAGCCCUCAACAGGUGGUAAAAUUCUCAACAGCCUGUUUGGGCGAAAGUCAUCAUCUGCGAGCACAUUGUCCGUCUCCCCACCUGGAUCGCUUUCCCGCAUGCGUAGAUCGAGUGAAGAGACCGCGACAUCGGAAAGGAGUGGAUUCUUUGAUCGCGGGGGUGGAGGGACAAAACGCAUGGGAGGGGCAUUUACUGGCAAGAGGGAGUAAAGUGAGCUGCGAUGCACCCUUGCAGUUGGGGCACCAGAAGUUGCAGAUCUUUUGUUUUGGCGAACUACAAAGAGAAUACCGCCAGUCUAAAUUUGGGGGGUGAGCAUGAUUUUUUUUUACACAAAGACGUUUUUCAUUUUCCAUAGAGGCAUAUAGAUGGGCUUGCCGAUUUUGGACACGUAUAAUCUGUUGCAAUUCAAUUGUCAUACUUUUUUUUGUUCAUCAUAACUAUUACAAGACCUGUAUUG